AAUUCUUUUGUUCAGCACGUGGAAACUUAAUCAUUCCAUUCCAGGAGCAGAAUUUCUAACAACAUUCGAAAAAAGACUAACUUUAACUUAAGUGUAUAAAAAGUAUAAAUUUUACAGUGGAAACAACGAAUUACUAAUGGCUUUAAACAAAUUUAAAAAAAGCAAAGAAAUAUUAAUAACAUCUUCAGAAAAUCUAAAAAAAGCAAAAGAGCCACCAAAAUGUUCUCGUUGUCGAAAUCAUGGUCAAAAUGUACUCCUAAAAGGUCACAAAAAAAGUUGUUUAUGGAAAUUAUGCAAAUGUGCGAAAUGCAUGCUCAUUUAUGAAAGACAACGACUUAUGGCAGCUCAAUUGGCGUUAAAAAGAAGGCAGAUGAUGCAGAGAAGAAGUUAUUGCAAUGGAAUUUCACAGAUAGAAUCAAAUACUAAUUUAGAUUUAAAACGCUCGUUCUUUCAACGUGUUCUUCCAAAAGAUAGCUCUGAAGAUACGGUAGUAUCACCUGCUCAACCUGCUUAUUCAAAAAACGCUCCUUCUUUUAUUCGAAAUGAUGUGGGAAGUGUGAAAAAUGAGCUAUAUCAAAGGGAGGGUGAAUGCUCUAUACUAAAGAGAGUGGAUGGUAAUCAUCUUGAGAAUUUUUGUUUGCAGAAAAAGUACUAUGAAAAGGUAGAUGAUAUUCAAAACAGCAAGAGAGUAAUGCAAGUUUUUUCAAAAAUGUUUCCAUAUAUUCCUAUUUCAAUCAUUAAUGAUGUCAUCAGCUUCUAUAAUAACGAUUUUAUUGCUUCUGCAGAAACUCUCCUUCAAUCUUUCAAUCAAGAAAUAAAUCUUCAACCGGAACAGGUUUAUCCUUACUUAUUAAAUGCACCUAGACAUCUGCGUUAUACCGAAAAAUUACACCAUAAUAUACACGGUUUUGAAUUUAACAACUACACAACUGACAAACUUCAGACCCAACUAAAUGCCUCCAGUCAAUAUUCCUACGAACGUCUUCAUCACCAAGAGCAGUAUAAUUCCUAUCCACUACGGCAUGAGCCCUCUAAUACCUCUGCGUCUGAUCUAUAUGCAAAUCGCAGCUUUUCAAUUUUUAACUCAGAUCAUUGUAGUUGCUGCUCUUCUCCUAAAAUAUGAUUACCAUAUGAAUAUGCUUCUAAAGUAGUAACAUAAGGAACUUAAGUCAUCCAGACAUAACAAUAAUGCAACCGUUGAAACUUAAUUCAACGUAUACAGCAUUUUGGGUUUUUAUAGUUUUGUAUUGUUUAUUAUAAAAAUAAACUAUAAUAUGAAUUAC